AUGGCAGACGACGCCUCGCCCUCGCCCAUGUCCUUUGCGCCUGAGCCCGAGACGUCGCAGUCGCUGGCAUCGCCGGUCAUGGAUCUGGAGCGACGCUUGGAGCAGCUCCAGAAUUCCAUGGAGACCUUGCAAUCUUCCCAGUCUUGUCAAAGCAUCAUCCUGGAAGAGCUUCGUUCCCUGCUUUUGGAACUGAAGGCUUUGGGCUCCCCGCGAAAGAGAACGCCACCGUUUUUGAAGGAUCCUCUCGACGUGGCGCCGUCGGCACCUUCCGACGUGCCCAUUUUGAUGUCGAUCCCCGGGCAGAACGAGGAGGGCGCUGCGGCCUCGAACCCGGAGCCGCCGCGCAGCCCCUCAGUCCGGCCGGCCAAGAAACAUGCCGUGUCGACCUUGGCCAAGGUCUCCGAGGAGCUCUCAGAGAUUAUGCGCAACUCGCAGCGCUCGCAGCACUCACAACAUUCCAACCCAGUGCCUCGCAAGGAGGCGCAGCUCAACGAGGCACAGCUCAGCGUGCCGAGCCCCGAGCGCAACCUUGCGAGCAGCGAGGACACGGCGCGUGUGAGACUGAGAGCGCGGAAAGGCCAUGCUGCGUCCUUGUUGGAACUGGUGCUGCCAUCCGGGCCUAGCCUGGUGGACCCUGCCGCAGCAGCCUCCAUGGAAGACCUGGAAGGGUACACGGCGCAGUUUCUGCUCCGCCGCGGUGCUGGCACCGACAUCGACAUGUCCUCGCGGUCGCGUGGGAACUCCGAGUUCGAAUCCGAGCUUCUGAGCCCAUCGGCCCCACACCUGGAAGAUCCUAGCGACAUGGAUCACCCUCCAGAUUCCAGCGCUGCGCCAUCCUCGCGUUCUGAAAGGCCCAGGACAGCCACAGAGACCGUGAGAGUGGCACCCAGCAGGAAGGUCAAAACGGUGAGCUUGGCGCGGAUGUCGAGUUCAGAACGGAACGAGCUCGUCAACAAGCGUCCAGGCAUCGCCCUGGACGAUUUGCAGGCGGCGCACGAUGAAAAAGCGCGGUCCUUGGCUCACUCCAACACUGGCUCUAGAGGCUUUGCCGAAUUUACCCUCGAAAAAUUCAAAUCUCCGAUGCCUUUCUUGGGGCGAGUCUGGUUGGGCGCCAUGGGCGUUUUGGAUCUGCUGGAUGACUCUCCGUGUCUUCAACAUCUCCGUGUCAUUUGGAUUCUGUGCCUCUUCGUUGGCCUGCUGGCUUUGGGUGGUUACAUGAUGUGGCAGAGUGUCAGUGAAUUCAUUGAAGUCUUGACGACGAUCACCACAGCAUGCUAUAUGUUGGGCGUGCUUGCAGGCAUUUGGAGCCUCCGCCGGGCUAACAUGCAGGAGCUGCUGGGCUCUCACGAUGGCAGUCUGGAAACGUACGCUCAGCUCAAUGGAUUUCUGAAAGCCUGGGCGGCGGUUUCGAAACGCCGCUUCAACGAGGUCAUUGGAUUCCUCAUCGUCAUGAUUGCAUGCCGGAGCCUGGUGCACCUGCCGAACACCGGCUUUCAACGAGACAUGGAUCGGAUGGAACGGACCGUGGCCUUCUGUGCUGCUGCCUCGGGUUUUGCAGCCCUUGCGUUUGCACAGCUCCACAUAGUGGCAGGUUUGGAACUGGCCAUCGACAGUUUUUCGGUGAAGUUCUUUCAGCAGAUGGAUAUGGCAAUCGCCAUCCAGGAUUGGAAUGUGGUGCAAGCCACGUUACGCCAAGUUUCCAUGAAGCUCAGUACAUCUUUGCUCCUGCUUGGCUCUUCCUGCAGCGUGUCUUUGCUGCUCUUACUGGAAGUGGCAUUUUUGCGCACCGAACACGAACGCGGGCAGCUGUCAAACGUGCAGUUGGUGAUGCUUAUUGCCUGGCUUGCCCCUCCGUUGCUGUUGUUCCUGUACGUCCUGAUGCGCUGCGCAUCUGUGACUGAGAAGGCCUCGCGCGUGACUCCCCUGGUGAACUCAUGGCAGUUUGACCGACGGAAGUCGGUCAUCAGUCCGGGUGUCAACUGGAUGGAUUCUGGGCGUCAGUACAUGGUCCAAUACAUCAGACAAAGUGAAGCAGGUUUCUACCUGCAAGGAAAGCGACUCUACAUGUUUCAGGUCACCAAGCUUUGCUACUAUCUGGUGGCUUUCUCCAUGGCUAUGCUUUCUCGCCUGGGCUGA